GGGGCGGGGCUUCAGCUCUGAAUUCGUUACCAAGAUGGCAACGUCCGUAACGCUCAGCCUGGACAACUUACCGUCGGAUCCUUUAAUGCUGGUGCUGUCAUUUCUGGACUUCAGGGAUCUGAUCAGCUGCAGUUUUGUAAGUCGUCGACUCAAUGAGCUGACAGGACAUAACCCGCUAUGGAAGAGGCUUUGUCAGAAGCACUGGCUCCUUACGGAGUCAGAUAAAGUGCAGAGAGGCCUGACCUGGAAGGAGCUGUUUCGGGAGUAUUAUGCUGAUCUGGGCGAUUACAUUGACUACUACAGCACUCUCAAGAAAUCAUGGGAUGACCUGAAGAACUACCUGAUUCAGAAAUGCCCUCGAAUGAUAGCUUCACUGAAAGAGGGAGUGAAGGAGGAGGAGCUAGACAACAUUGAAGCUCAGAUUGGCUGCAAGCUUCCUAAUGACUACCGUUGCUCCUAUAGGAUACAUAAUGGGCAGAAACUGGUGGUCCCUGGGUUGAUGGGCAGCAUGGCUUUGUCCAAUCACUAUCGCUCAGAGGACCUGUUGGAUAUUGAGACAGCAUCAGGGGGAUUUCAGCAGAGGAAAGGCAUGAGACAAUGUCUUCCCCUCACUUUUUGUUUCCAUACCGGCCUCAGCCAGUACAUGGCCCUGGAGAGCACAGAGGGACGAUCACGCAGUGAGAUCUUCUAUCAGUGCCCGGAUCAGCUGGCACAAGAUCCAUCUGCUAUUGACAUGUUCAUUACGGGCUCUAACUUUACUGAGUGGUUUACUUCUUAUGUAGAUCAUGUCGUAACAGGAGAGUACCCCAUCAUUCGGGACCAGAUUUUCAGGUAUGUGCAUGACAAGCGUUGUGUGGCAACCACUGGUGACAUCACCAUAUCCGUCUCUACCUCCUUCCUGCCAGAACUCAGUUCAGUCCAUCCACCACACUUUUUCUUCACUUAUAGAAUCAGGAUUGAGAUGGAAAAGUCAGCGCUGCCAGAGAAUGCAUGCCAGCUAGACAGUCGUUACUGGAAGAUCACAAAUGCAAAUGGAAAUGUGGAGGAGGUCCGUGGCCCCGGCGUUGUGGGUGAGUUUCCAAUGAUGACACCUGGUAAAGUUCACGAGUACGCCAGCUGCACCACGUUUUCCACCACAUCCGAGUACAUGGAAGGCCACUACACAUUCCACCGGCUCAAGAACAAAGAGGAAGUGUUUGAUGUUUUAAUCCCUCGAUUCCACAUGGUUUGUCCACCGUUCCGUGAGUCUAUGGUGCGGUCGAGCUCAGUUAGUGAGGUGUCUGCUCCUUAUAUUGAUGAGAACUCAUCUGACAACGACGACUAUGAGGAGGGAGAAAUGCGUGGCAUGAACAUGGCUGACCCAGGAGGACGCUGCCCUCGGCGUAUCUGAUACACUUUUGUUAGCCCCGGCCAACACCCACCAUAGAUACUAACACACAGACACAAACACGUAGACACAUUCACACAAAUGGGAGAGCUAGAGGACAGACAAAGCUUUUAGGCAGCAGCCAUUGUUUAUUGUACAGCGCAUUUGUGCCUGUUACCUCUUGAGCUUUCUCUCCAGUUUGUGAGGGCAUGAGUCUAGUUGUGCUGUGCGCACAUGCGUGUGAGAUCAUUGUAUGUGUGUUUGAGUCUGCAAGUGUGUUUUGUUAUUGAGUGAAAGCAAAGUAGUUUAUUGUAUGAGUGAGAGUAGAUGGCUCUACUUGCAUUGGUUUCAAAAUAAUCUGCCGCUUACUGAAGACCACACAAUUACAGAACCCUCAAGAGAAUGAGUAGAGAGUAUGACGCUACUGUUAUACUGUUUUCUAAUAGAGAAAACUACAUACAUGCUGAUUUGGGUAUACUCAGUGCGUGCGUGCGUGUGUGUGUGUGUGUGUGUGUGUAUAUAUAUAUAUAUAUAUAUAUAAUAUUGAAUAUUAUGUUCGAUUGCAUACUGCACAGAAAAGUGACAAUAAAUUGAUCCAUUCAUAUGGUCUCAUUUCCUCCACAAGGCCUCAGGUAUUGUGAAGCACGUAUGUGUUUAUGUAUAUUUGUUUGUACUUAUGUUGUCUGUACAGAGGGUUUCAGAUGUGAAACUGAUGCAUUCAGAGAUGAGUAAAAAGCACAUAGACCUAAACCAGCCAGGCCAUGCACAGCAUCAGCUAUAACUAAUCUGUCCAAGCAAUCAUUAAACAUUUAUCAGUUGCCGUAUUUUUCUGUGCUGGUUGCUGAUGCCCUGUUCUAGACACAUCCACAUGGAUGUAAACUGAAGAUCAGCCAGACCAUUUUGACUGUCCUCACUUAUUUGUCCUUGUAAAGGAUUCUCUUUUGAGCUCCGAUCAUAUUAAGGGCUGGAGGUUAUGCAGACUGGUGCAAAUAGCAAGAUUAUUUAAGUUUAUUGCAUUAUCAUGCUUAUUUUUCUCACUUGUUUCUUAAAAACCUUGUAAAUGGGUUGGUUUAAUAGGUGAAGGAUUAUGACAAAAUGUCUGUUUUAAUGGGCUCAGUCCUUCAUUCAGAAUGAAAUACAGAAAGAUUUAAAUUGUUUACUUUGUCCCCUUUACCCUUCCUAAUUAUGACAUUGUCUGCUAAUCUCACAUAAAGGCAUGUGUGAUUUAGAUUUUUAUGUUAAUGACUGCAGUUAUAUUGUAAUCAUCUUUGUAAAAUAAUGCGGUGCGGUGGGAUUUUUCAGGAGUUUAUGUUGUACUUAUUUUGUAUUUGUGUUUUUUUUUUUUUUUUUUUUUUGUUUGUUUUUUUGAAGUAAAUAAAAAGGUAAUGGUAUAUCAGUGCCAUAUUUCAUUUUUAUGUGAUAUGUUUACUUUUCCACUGUGCACAGGAUGUUUUCUACUAUCUAAAUACAAAGGCACCGUUGAUCUUGUUUGAAUAUUUUUAGUCAGCCAGCCGCAAUGCUAUUGUCUCAUUCAGAUUUGAAAACACUUACUGUUCUCGCAACACAAAACGUAGUCAUUUCACUCAUUCUGACCAAAUCCUAACCCACCUCACCCUGAUGGUAUCAGUUGUCAUGGCGAUGAGUUGAAGAGGGCUUUUUGUAAUUCGACUGAAGUUUCUUUGUUGUGCUGUUUGUUUUUUGGCCCGCAUCUCCUCUUAUUCCACUUCUCUUUCAUUUUCAUUUGAUUGAAAAAAAUAAAACACUUA